AUGCAUCUGGAUUUUCAGACACCUCCUAGUCAACAACAGUCACCUCUUCAGCUAUCUAAUGCAAAUUUUUCAUCAAAGAAGAAAAAUUUUUUAAAGGCAUUUUUAUUAUCACCGUCAGUUUUAUCGUGGUUUGGAUUAAUAUUAUCAACUUCAUUAGUUUGGGGAUCAUUAUGGGGUUUAUUGAAUCAUUUAGCACUACCAGGAGGUGAAAUAUUUGCACUUGUUGUUGUCGUUGUUGUUUGCUACAUUGGCGGACAAAUUGUUUCACUGUUGACAUUACCUCCAUUGUUAGGAAUGCUUAUAAUGGGGAUGAUUUUACAAAAUGUACCAUAUAUUGACGUUGCAAAAGAUUUAAAUCCAAAAUGGUCAUCAGAUCUAAGAAGUAUAGCUUUAGUCAUCAUAUUGUUACGGGCCGGAUUAGGUCUAGAUCCUAUUGUACUUAGGAAAUUAAGUGGAGCAUGUUUUCGCUUGGCUUUCACUCCAUGUAUAGUAGAAUGCAUUACUAUAGCGAUAAUUUCACACUUUUUAUUAGAAUUCCCUUGGUUAUGGGGUUUCAUUCUUGGAUUUGUUAUUGCUGCUGUAUCACCUGCUGUUGUUGUUCCAAGUAUGUUAUUGCUUGAAGAAAAAGGAUUAGGAGUUAAUAAAGGGAUACCCACUCUUGUGAUUGCAGCUGCAAGUGUGGAUGAUAUAUUAGCGAUAACAGGAUUUGGUGUUGUUUUAGGAAUUACAUUCUCUACUGGAAGUUUAGCUUGGAAUAUUGCCAAAGGUCCAUUAGAAGCAGUGAUUGGUAUUGUGUAUGGUUGCAUUUUGGGAUGGAUUAUGUGGUUUGUUCCUGGUGAUUCAGAUAAAAAAGUGAAUUUAUUUCGAAUUUUGGAACUUCUGUUUGGAGGAAUGUUUGCGAUGUUUGGUGGGCGCGCAGUUAAAUUUGGUGGUAUCGGAGCACUUGCUUGUUUAACUUUAGCAUUUGUUGCUGCUUUUGGGUGGAGGAAAAAAUCAUUUAGCAAUGAAGAUAGUUUAGUCAGUUCUACUCUGGGUAAUCUGUGGCUACUGUUUCAGCCAAUAUUAUUUGGAUUAAUUGGUACUGAAAUAAAAUUUGAAGACUUAAAAGGUGAUACUGUUGGAUUUGGAAUAGCUGUACUACUAAUAGCCUUGGUUUUUCGAAUGCUAACUUCAUUCAUUGUUGUAUUUAAAGCUGGUUUGUCUCUACGUGAACAAUUUUUUAUAGCAAUAGCUUGGCUUCCCAAAGCUACAGUCCAGGCAGCUAUAGGUCCAUUUGCAUUAGAUUUAGCUCGAAAGUUAGGCAGCGAUAAAACAGAAGAAAAGUUAGGGAUACAAGUACUGACUAUUGCAGUACUUUCAAUUCUUCUAACAGCUCCAAUUGGUGCUGCAGCAAUAGCAGUAUCAGCUCCAAGAUUAUUAGAAAAAACUGAUAAAGACAACCUUCCACAUGAAACUUCCAGCUAUACAAGUUCAUCAGCAUCAUUGGAUAAAGGUGAAAUUGAUACAAAAUUGUAAUUUGUGCAAAUUAUACAAACAAUAUAAAACAAACUGCCAUUUACAUGUUAAAUUUACUAACUGUAUUGUAUAUAGGAAAACUAAAUCAAUAUAAAAAUGCUAUACAUUGAUAUAAGAAUAAGUAUAUACAGUAUGUUUGUAAAUAUUACUAGGCACAUUCCUGAUAAUUCAUGCAUUUUAAUGUAUAUAUUCAUUCUAAGUUUAAUAUUUGUUUUCUUAUCUUGAUGAAUAUUGAUAAUGGUGCAAGGAAAGUAAGAAAUUCUCCCAUAAAUAAAAGCACUAUUUAACAAAAAAUUUAAAGAUAAGAAAUUACAGGAAAUAAAAGUUAUAAGAAAAUAAUAUUUAAAAACAACAAAUAUGAAAAGUAGAAAAUCUAAGAACAUUUUGCAAUUAUGUUGCUGAUAUAGGUCACCUGUAGAUUCAUUUUAUAUAAGUAUGGAACUGUAGGUGUUAUGUUGAUCUUUGUUUAUCCUUUUACAGGUAAAGCAUGAUAUGUGAGUAAAAAAGAAUGAAAUGAAGUCAUUUUGAUGGAAUGCAUCCAGACCUCCCAUCAAUCAAACACAACAGUUUGGAUGCAGACUGAUAACUCAUUAACAACUGCUUUCUGAAUAUGGGUUCCUACAGCCAAAAAACUUGAAUUUAUUCCUCCUCACUCAAUGCCAUGCUUUAUCUGUAAAAGAAUAAACAAAGGUCAACAUAAUUUCUAUAAUUCCUGACUUAUGGGACAUCUUGUAUAUAAACAUUUGGAACUAUUUGCCUUAGAGUGAAGAAUCCUGGAAUGAAGAGAUUACAGAAAUUGUGCUAGAGCAGUGUUUCUCAACCUCUAACGAAUCGUCGCCCCCUUUAAUGUAGUAUCGCCCCCUUCACUUCAAAAUUCCGAUGCUGAGGGCCAAGGCUAACGUCAAAUUCGUACUGCAUUGAAUAGA